AUGAGAUGUACUCGAAAAACGUCGCAUCCGGCCAUCUGCCAGUCUGCAAGCCAAGCUCUCAACAGAAGACCGACUGCUGAGAAAAGAGCUCAAGCAAAGAAGAGUCUCAUACAGAAAUACAAUCUUGAACAUGGAUACGAUGAACAUUUACACCACUCCGAGGACCGAAGAAGGAGCAUUAGCCUUGGACCGGACCAAUGGCGUGAUCAGAUUACAGGAUCGGCGGAAAAACAGAAAAAGGAUGGUGCUUUCCAAAAAAUGAAGAGAAAGUUCAGUAAAUGGAAAUUGUCGGGACGUACGGAGUAA